AUGGCGGCUGCCGGCCCAUGCUAUGUUUCGGGAACCACUACUGCCCUCACCAGUGAGACUACGACCGCCACCACCUCCAGCUUUUACAACAGUGAAACUGCAUCGACUAGUGCCACCCUGACGACCGUGGGAAGCGAGACUACAUCGACUACUGCUACUCUCAGCACUGAGAGCACUGAGACGGCAUCCACUACAGCAACCCUUACCACAUCGAGCACCGAGACCGCGUCCACCACUGCCACCUUCAGUAGCGAGAUCGAAUCAACCAGUGCCACCAUCACUACCUUUAGUAGCACCGAGAGUGCAUCGACCGCUACUUCGGCGACCACUACGAGCUCUGCGGCCCCUGAUCCCGAUUGCUACAAGCACAUCAAGAUUCUCUGGGGCCAAGCUAUUGGUGGAGUCGACUUCUACGGAGACAACAUGACUCUGGGGGAGUGUCUCGACACUUGCACCAAUGCUGGUAACUGCAUCGCGUUUACCUACAGGACGCUUGGUAACGAGUGUUACGUCUCUUAUACUGGAGAGGAAGGGAACCUCUGGGGUCCUCUCGAUGACGACUCAUAUGACAGCGGUUACACGAACACUUGCUAG